AUGGUCAAAGCCGGCUCGUCAAAGCCCCAAGGUCAGCUCACGCAGAUUCUUGUUCAGGAGGUGGUCAAGUUGUGCCUUGAGAUGUUCAAUCUCCCUCUUGUUCUGCACAAUGUCGCCUUGAAGCUGACGCAUAUGCUUCUCCUGCUUCUCAUUCUCUGCCCUGAGAGCCACGACCUGCUCCCACAUAACUUCAUCCCACCUUCUCCGAUAGGGAUGUAUCUUGUGCUGUCGAUGAUUUGCUGGAAGAUCCCAGAGAUCAUUUCAAAGUUGGAUAAGGUUUCAUCAGAGGGUGAUGAGAAGAGCCAAUUGGACUCUCUGCUUAUAGAAAACCUUCAGCUUAAAGAUUCACUUGCAGAGGCUGAUCAGAAGAUCUCACAGCUUUCUCAAGUUGAGGAAAAUCAUUUAAAGUUGAUCCAGAAGCUUGAAUCAGAUGUUGAGGAUUCUCAUGUUGAAGCUUCUAUCUAUUGGUCUGUUCUUGGAGAGUUUGUGAACCAGAUUCAGUGUGCAAAAGAAGAAUCCUCUGAGAGCAAGAUUGAUCUUGAAGACUCUUUUGUUGAGUCCUGCAUGGCAGAAGAGUACUGCGCGGUGGUAUACAAAGAAGCUUUGAAGGAAGCUGAUAAGAGACUUGGAUGUUUGAACAAGAAUGUAUCAGAGAAAGAAGAUGCUUUGAGAUCAGAAAUGGCUGAGAAGGAAAGAUUAAAAGAAGAGAUUCAUCGGCUGGAAUGUCUUGUGAAGGAGAAGGAGGAUUUAGUUCAGAUAGCUGAGAAUGAUUUGGCUACAGAGAGGGAGAAACUUGAGAUGGCCUCUCAACAGAGUAACAAUCUUCAGUCUCAGAUUGAUCAGCAAGAAGUAGUGAAGAUUAUAGAGGGUUAUGAGAUGGAGAUAUCAGAGUUGAGACAGAAGCUUGAGCUAGUUGGGAAGAAUAUGAAGACAACCGAAAAUGAGAAAGUGGAAUCGGAGCUGAAGUUAUCAUCAGCAGAAGCAGAGCAAAAGAGACUUGAGAAACAGUUUGUAUCGACGGCUCUAAGUCUUGAUAAAUGGAGUCAAUGUUUCGAUAAUACCGAGUGCUUGGUAGCCGAAGAGAUGAACAAAAUAAAUCUUAGGUUGGAAAGUAUGCAGAGGCAUUUGAGUGAUCUUUUAGAUGAAGUUGAUGGACUCAAUGCAAGAGAAUCAAUGUACAAGCAACUAAUGGAGAAGAAGACCUGUGACCUCCAAAAGGCUGAGACUGAGGUUGAUCUCCUUGGCGAUGAAAUCGAAUCUCUCUUGGACCUUCUGAAGAAAAUUUACAUAGCUCUUGAUCAUUACUCACCAAUUCUAAAGCAUUACCCUGGCAUUAUCGAGAUCUUGAAGCUUGUCCGGAGAGAGUUAAAAGGAGAAUCAAAAAGAGUAUCAGUCUACUGA